UCGCCCACAGGCUACGGCUACACCACGCCCCUCUCGGACGCGGGCAAGGCCUUCUGCAUCUUCUACGCGCUGCUGGGGGUCCCCUUCACCAUGCUGGUGCUGACGGCGACCGUGCAGCGCCUCACCAGCACCCUCUCCCCCAGGCCCCUGGAGGCCCUGGCCCUGCGACGGGGCUGCAGCCAGUGGGCCGCCUCCUGCGGGCACCUCGCGCUGCUGGCCCUGGUGGUGCUGGCCGCCUUCUUCCUGGUGCCCGCGGCCGUCUUCAGCACGCUGGAGGAGUCCUGGAGCUACCUGGACGCCUUCUACUUCUGCUUCAUCUCCCUCUGCACCAUUGGCCUGGGGGACUAUGUGCCUGGCGAGCAGCCGGGGCAGCAGCUGCGCCCCCUCUACAAGCUGUCCAUCACAGUUUACCUGCUCCUGGGACUGACGGCCAUGCUCCUGCUGCUCCAGACCUUCCACAGGCUGGCCGACCGGCACGGCCUGACUGACCUGGUCCUCCUGCCCCAGGACCCGCCCCAUGCUGACCACGAGCGCAUCCCGGAGGCCCAGGACCCUCCCUUGGAGCCGGGCCAGUCAGAGGAGGAGCCGGUGCAGCGGAGCUCGGCGGGGCGGGCCACCUACGCCUCCAUCGGCAGAUAGCCGCAGGCAUCCGAGCCGCCUUCUGCACUGCUCCCCACAGCCGGCAAGAGACGCUUCAGGCCACCAGCUGCCCUUGCCUUGGGUGUUUCUCUGUCCCUUGCCAGCCCUGGAGGUUUCCAUCCAGCGGGUUGAAGCUUCCUGACCUUUCAGUCACCGGGAGGUCGGGAACGCCCCUUCUCUAGAAGUUGGAGAAGUUCUGGCUCUGAGCCCAAGCAGCUUCUCAGAUUUUAUGGGGGCUGCUGCUGCUCGUGAGUCUCAGGUUCACCUUUGUCAGAAACUCAGCCUUUCCCUGCUGCCCACCUGCCCUUCCACCUGGCUGGCCAGGUGGGCACCGCGGAGGAAUUCGGGAGGCGGCUCCUGUGCCGCCGAGCCUUCGGCUGCCGUGCAGUCCUCUCGGGGGACGGCUGCUUUCCCCACUCCACCCCAGCAUCCGCGUGCCAUCUUGCGCAGUUAAUUUAAUACAGUUAUGAAAGC